AUGUAUGGUGCAACAUGCACAGUCGCAAGCGAAACCAGAUGCAAUACUCGCGGAGGAAGAGCGACCUGAUUGGAUCGAAAACAUGUUCGGAGUACCUUCACGCUAGCACUAAUCUUCCAGCUGCCUUUCUGGGUGAGGAUUGUCUGGAUAACAAGCAGUGUACAACGUCGCAUAGUACGUGCAAUCUGGACUAUACCUCUGGGAGACAGCGGUGCGAGUGCCAGCCUGGGUAUAGAAGAGUGACCCUGUCUUUCCAUGGCCGUGGAAGCUGCGAGUUAGAUGAUCCAUGUCAGCGUGCCAAGUGCGAAAACGGAGGAAUCUGUUAUGUUGAUAACACCAAUCAGGCUACGUGCGCUUGUAGGACAGGGUUCUCCGGUCCCAGCUGCGGCAGGAGUACAUGUGACACACUCGACUGUCACAUGGGCUCGUGUUUGAUAGAGCCAUUUACUGGUUCGCCGAUGUGCAAAUGUCCUAGCGGUAUAUUUGGCGAACAGUGCACUGAUACUCCCUGCAUUACUGCGCAAUGUAAUGGUGGAACAUGUGUUGUUAACCCUAUUUCAAAUUCCUCAACCUGUGUUUGUCCUCCUGGAACAACGGGAGCAAUGUGCGACAUGGACCCAUGUAAUGCAGCCGAUUGCAACAAUGGGACUUGUGUGGUCGAUCCUGAUUCAUAUGAUCCAUUCUGCCUCUGUCCUCAAGGAACAUUUGGAGACACGUGUGAAAACAAUCCAUGUGAUUUAUUAGGUUGCAAUGAUGGAACUUGCCUUGUGGACCCUGUGUUCUAUACUGCCUCGUGUCUGUGUCCUCAUGGAAUAACAGGAGCAUUAUGUGAUAUGGACCCAUGUAGUACUUUAGAUUGCCACACAGGUACAUGCGUUGUUGACCCAGUUUCCUAUACUGCCUCGUGUACUUGUCCUCAUGGAAUAACAGGAGCAAUGUGUGACAUGGACCCAUGUAGUACAACAGACUGUAACAAGGGUACUUGUCUGGUCGAUCCUGGUUCAUAUGAUCCACUCUGCCUCUGUCCUCAAGGUGUAUUUGGAGAUAUGUGUGAGCUGAAUCCAUGCAGUACACUAGAUUGUAACACUGGUACUUGCGUUGUUGAUCCUGUUGCCUAUGCCGCCUCCUGUCUGUGCCCCCAUGGAAUAACAGGAGCCAUGUGUGAUAUGGACCCAUGUGGUACAACGGACUGUAACAACGGUACUUGUCUGGUCGAUCCUGGUUCAUUUGAUCCAUUCUGCCUCUGUCCUCAAGGUGUGUUUGGAGAUAUGUGUGAGAUGAAUCCAUGCAGUACAUUAGAUUGUAACACUGGUACUUGCGUUGUUGAUCCCGUUUCCUAUACUGCCUCGUGUGCUUGUCCUCAUGGAAUAACAGGAGCCAUGUGUGAUAUGGACCCAUGUAGUACAAUGGAUUGCAACAACGGUACUUGUCUGGUCGAUCCUGGUUCGUAUGAUCCAUUCUGCCUCUGUCCUCAAGGUGUGUUUGGAGAUAUGUGUGAGAUGAAUCCAUGCAGUACAUUAGAUUGUAACACUGGUACUUGCGUUGUUGAUCCCCUUAGCUAUACUGCCUCGUGUGCUUGCCCUCAUGGAAUAACAGGAGCAAUGUGUGAUAUGGACUCAUGUAGUGCAACGGAGUGUAACAAUGGUUCUUGUCUGGUUGAUCCUGGUUCGUUUGAUCCAUUCUGCCUCUGUCCUCAAGUUUCCUAUGCCCCCGCUUGUCUGUGCCCCCAUGGAAUAACAGGAGCCAUGUGUGAUAUGGACCCAUGUAGUACAACGGAGUGUAACAACGGUACUUGUCUGGUCGAUCCUGGUUCGUAUGAUCCAUUCUGCCUCUGUUCUCAAGGAAUAGCUGGUGACGCGUGCGAGAUUGAUCCCUGUGAGGGAGUUGACUGCACAUUUGGCACGUGUGUUGUAGACCCUCUUUAUUUCAAUACAUCUUGCGAAUGUCCUACUGACUUUGGAGGUCUGGACUGCAGUGAGCCCUUGGAGAAAUGUCCUUCUAUACCUGGCUACCUCGUCGUGUUGAAUAUGUUCCUCUCGAGCCGUGAAAACGCCAAAAUGUUAUCAGUUGAUAUCGUAGCCUGCGCCGAGUAUUGCAACUCGAAACUUAUCUGCUCAUCGUUUGACUACAACUUCCAGAGCGAAAUGUGUGACCUUUCAUCGGAUGUGAAAGCAUGUUAG